AUGGCUGCGAUCCACUUCCGGUGGCUAUGGGUCAACUGCUUUGUCGUCAAAGCUGCCAAAGUUCUCGUCUACUUUGCCAACAUGACCCGAUACAAUGGCUCGAACGCAGUCGUGCGCACCGAGUACAUUAAGCACGGCAAUUCGGACGUGGAGACGCUGUCGUCGUCCACCACCGACGUCGACGGCAUCCGCGUCGAUUUUUUCAAGUCGUGGCAACUUGCUUGUCCUGUGCACGAUACAUACGGUAUCAUUCUCUUGUACGAUGCCAAGAAGCGGGAGAUCCAAGCCAUGGGCUUCGAAGAGACGGUUCUGACCGACGCCCAAUUGAUUGUAAAGACAAUGCGCGCUACUAGCCCCACUACACCGCUGCCUGGCCUGUUGGGUUAA